AACAACACGCACUCACUCUACCUCGCCUCCCCGCCAGUGUUCACGGCGAGACAGGCUCAUGUGUAGCUGCAGGUAGGUGCCGCUCACAACUGUACUCUUCCUGAACUUGACUUCAUGUGGAUGAUGUUGGUACACCCGCCUGGUUAACCUUAGUAGCGGGUGUAGUUGAACGUCGCCCAAAGUGUAAUGAAACUAACAUGAGAAGAUUGCGUUAGUAGACAGUACGGGUGGUCGUGUCUCUUGUGUGAUGGCUUUACUGGGGGCGGCUGCUAAAGUGCUCAGCCGCCCACACCCUCGCACUGUGUUUUGCCACACCUGCACCUUCUGGAGGGCAGUGUGGCCACGGCCGCCAUGCUAAGUUUGGGCGGGCUGCCGGAGUUGGCGGGUCCGGGGGGUCACCGUCGCUCCAAGAGUGAAUGUGGCCUGAACAAGCGGGACCAAGUGGCCGACCUGGCCACCCUUAACCCCCACUACCGCAGCGGCUCCCCAUCCAGACAUUCCCGUAACCAUGACCAGGUGCACGCCCACACCCGGCCUAACACGCCCGUCUUGGUGCGCUCUCCGUCCACCUCCUCCAUCCCCGAGAUCUUCAUCAGUAGCGAGGAUGAUGCUGGCCCCGGCAUCUCCCCUGUCACACGCCUCGCUGUCUUCUCCCUCGCUGACUUCCUCGAGACCGUCACCCACGCCCACCACAACCAUCACCACCACUCACGGAAAAAGUGCAGUUCGAGCGAGGUGGGAGGCAGCGGUCAUGGGAGCGGGAGACGUCGGUCUCCUCUGGCUGCUCGCAAGUCGACCCCGACGGGAGGAGCCAACACAGGCAGCGGUGGGAGCGAGGUGAAUGCCGUAACCAGCAGCAACAACAACAACGCGACCACGGGUGGCGGGGUAGUAGGGCAGGCCACGCCGCACCAGCCCAGGACAGCUGGUGGUGGCAGUGGUGCUGGUGGUGGUGGUACUGGAGGGUCAACCCGCCUGCCCAACACUACCGCACACCAUGAAGAUGCUGCAGCACAUUCCUCCAAUGAGGACUGCGAUGCUGAAACGGUGCCAUCGUCAGGGGUGUCCAAUGGCUCCGGGGAGUUGGUAGAGCCUUUUAGAGUUAGUGGAGGUGAUAUUGGGUCUGUGGACGAUGUGGAUGAUCAUACUCCACAUAUCCAGCGCACACGAGAAGCCCUGGAACACAUCCAGGCUAAGAUACAGAAAACUAAAGAUCUCAUUAAAGAGGAACAAAAAGCACGAGAUGAAAAUGUCAAUGAAUACCUCAAGCUUGCUGCUAAUGCUGACCGCCAACAAAUGGCUCGCAUCAAGACGGUGUUUGAGAAGAAGAACCAGAAGUCAGCUGCUCUAAUACAGCAACUUCAGAAGAAACUAGAAAAUUACCAAAAGAGAUUACAUGAAAUAGAGACCCAUGGGUUGAUAGUUGCACACCGGCAGCCCAAAGAGGUGCUGCGGGAUAUGGGUCAGGGUCUUAAGACGGUCAUCAGUAAACCUAAGGAGAUAGCACACCUGAUCAAAAACAAAUUUGGUUCUGCGGACAAUAUCAAGGAGCUAGCUGGGGAGGAGGAGCGUGACGAAGAGCGUGUGCAUCAUGGGUCAGCUACAUUACCUGUUGGUGCAAGUUUGGUACCUCCUACCUCCUCUAAUCAAGGGAGCAAUCUCCCAAGCAGUCACCACCAGAGUUCAUCAGCUCAAGGAGCAGGUGGAAGUAGCAGUGGUGGAGGCCAUCAUGGAAGUAAGAUUGGUUCAGAAGAAGGUUCCGAAUGUAAUUCCUCCAUCACUAGUGAAAGUGUUCCUGGAGGCAGCACCACUUUGGCUCAUCUUGGAUCACCAAGGAACCACCAUAGCCAGUUGACAAGUGGUGAUUUUUAUGGCGUGCCUGGAGGGACAACAGUAGAACAGCUGCUAAUGGAGCUAAGAGAGAGCAGAGACGAAUCAGCACGACUAAGAGAAGAAAUAGAUACAAUAAAACAAGCAUUAGGAGCUGAAGUGAACUCAAUGCGUGAUGGUUUAGCAGAAGAACGAUUCCGAUGUGAUAGGCUUGAAGAACAAAUAAAUGAUUUAACUGAACUACAUCAAAAUGAGAUGGCAAUUCUUGUGACCAAUAUGGCAGAUAUGGAAGAAAAGGUGCAGUAUCAGAGUGAAGAACGGAUACGGGACCUUCAUGAGAUUGUGGAAAACUGUCACACCAGGAUCUCUCGGAUGGAACAUCAACAAGCACAGCAGCAGCAACAGUAUCUGACAUUAGAAGGUUUAGAGAACAGCAAUGCCCGGGCUGUGUUUGUAAAGCUCAUCAAUGUUUUACUAACUGUGCUCCAGGUGUUGCUGUUGGUAGUAGCAACUGUGGCCAACAUCCUGACGCCACUACUGCAGACUCGUACCCGUCUUUUUGUCUCUGCAAUGCUCAUUUUCCUCCUCAUCUUUGUUUACAUACAACUACCUGAGUUGAGAGAGAUGUGGCUAGCAGUAGUUGACUGGUAUAUGAAGAUUUUCUCUUUAAAAUAGAAAAUUCUUAUGGACAUAGUAUUAAUUUAACAAAAAUAUGGAAAACUGAGCACAUAGCUGAAAUAUUUCUUGUUCCUCGUUAGGGUGUGUACUCUUGGCAAUGUUGUUAAGAGCAUCAUUGACUUGUAUUCCAAUGAUUUAUUUAUUUAUUUAUUUUUUAUUUUUUUUUAUUUAUUUUUUAUUUUUUACAUUUUCAAGUCGACACAACUCGUCUGUCCAAUAACCACCGUAAGCAAGAGAGUCAUAUUGAUUCCUUAGCUCAAAUAUUUUCAGAUAAGUGAGUUUGACUUGGUACUGGCACAAGUAUGCCACAGUGUUAUGAAGUUGGGUUUUUGAACAUUUUCAACUAAGUAGCAAGUUGUUGAGUAUUUAUGAUGAAUUACAGAAAACUUCUCUGAUGCAACAUGAUAUUCUGUUCUGAACAAGUCGCUACAGAGUGAUGAACAAGAGGUUUUGAGACUGAUAUGAAAAGACAUUUAACUGAGCAGCUUGAUGAUGCAGUUGAAUAUGAAUACCCAAGUGAAUGUUGGCAUGACAUUGACUCGAUCAUAUAGACAAUUUCCUCCAGCUCAGAUGCUGCUUGGAAAUGAUGAAGAUGGCUGGCUCUUGUGGGGCUCGUGUGAUAGCAUUAACCAAAGUUGGACAACAUAAGGUACAGCAAGUUUUUUCUUUUUUAUUUUUUUAGUGUGGAAAGCCGAGAUCCUUAUUUGGGUGCAGCUUAUAGCCACAAGGUUAAAUGGUCAAAAGUGAGUACAUGUAGUUACCAGAUCAGUGGUCAGCAUGAAGUUAAACCAUUAGGUAUUUGGUAGAUUAAAGUGGUCACUUAGUUAUAUGUUAUAUGAAUGAACCCUUGGAAUCACAUAUUCCUGCCAAUAUUUUAUAAAAAUCUGAACUACUGCUACCACGUGCUGACGACAGAUCCGACACAGUACAGUACUAUGCUAAUGGUUGAUGAUUUACUAUCCUCUGCUCUCUACUUUUUUCCUUGGAACAUAUGUUUGUUCCUGUUAUCUCUUUGAACAGGUCUGUGAUGUAUUUCUAAUUAGAACAGACCAGUUUUUCCAUCAUAAGUAAUUUUUUGCUCUUUCUGUGGUUCAACACAUUUUUUGUUUUCACUUGUUAUAAUAGGGUGGUUAAACAAAUUUAGCAGAUUUGAUAAUAUGGAGUGAAGAUAUUUUGGGUUUUUGAAUGGUGCUGGUGGAAAAUAUAUGCUGUUCACAAUCGUAAUUCAGUUUUUGCUGAAUAGUUAACAUAUAAGUGGGUUCCUACUAUAAUGAGUGGGUCUUUACCUGCAGUACCAGCAUUAUUCACACCUGUCAUUCACAUUAAAAUUUUGUCAGUAACAUGUAAUAUAUGAUGUUUGUGAAAACAUCAUAAAAACUUUGUGGACUGAAUUCAUUGUCACCUAAUGAGUCCUAACAGUUGACCAAAUGUCUAUCAAUCCAUUUAGUAUUAACAUUAAAUUCUUAGUCACUGAAUUGCCUGUGAUAUGUGUUAAUAAAAUAACUAGCUCUAAAAACACAUUCAGCAGCAAAAUUUUUAAUAAUAAUACACAAAAAGAAAUAAUACUGUACUGUACAUUGAAAAUAAAUAAAUCUGACACAAUAAUUAAAAGCUGGGAACUCAUAUUUAUGCACAUUAUUGGCUACUAAAAAUGAAGAAAAAUUAUUAUUGUAUUUACUUGUCUUCUGUAAUAAGAGACAUUAAUUGUAUAUGAAUAUAUAAACUUGGGCAAUGGUAAUAUUCAGUGACUAGAUGAAAUUAAAAAGCUUUUUAGAUGUAGACAUGCCAUGUACUUACAUACACUCAGUUGAUGACUUUGUGUUCAGGCCCCCUGAGUGUGAGUAAUGUGGGGGAAACUACCAAGAAUAACUUCACAGAUGCUAUAUCUUGGAAAUGUAAUUAUAAUAUAUUAUAUUAUUUCAAAUAGACGGUAUUGUAGCAAGGAAAAUUUUAGUAAAAUGUGAGAGUAACAAUUGUUGGUCUCAUUGGCAAUUUACUGCCAAGCCUUCACUAUUGAGGCUCUUAUUUAUUUUUCCUGAUGUCACCCUUAUGUACAUUUUACACUAUCAUGAGUCUUUUCAUUGACUCACAGAGUAUGGAAUUGUUUUAUGAGGAUGCUCAUGUUAUCCUCAAAAAUGCACUUCUUAUGUCACAAGUAUUAUAUACCCCAACUAUGGCAGACCAUCAAGAUGAAACCAUCUAAUAAUAAAUUAGUCAUUGAGUCCCACAUUUUUUUAUAGUAUUAUCAGUAAAACAAUAUACAGAGGUCCCUCGAUUAACGAACGGUUCAAUUAACGAAAUUUCGGUUAACGAAUUGGCUCCCAUAAGGAUUUCCAGUUCCAUUAACGACUGCCUUAUGAGAAACACGCUUUGUUGUGCGCAUCGGCUGAUAAGCUGAUCGGCUGGUCCGCCA